AUGUCUACGUCUAUCCCUGCUCAGUCGGCUCCUUCCGAGCCUCAAACUAAGGUUGCUCUCGACGCAAAAGUCAUUGCUAUUACCGGUGCGAAUCGUGGAAUUGGGCUAGGCAUUGCCGAGUGUUGUUUAGUAAAUGGUGCAGCCAAGAUCUAUUCCAUCGACAUAGGCGAAGUUGGCGACGACUUCGAGAGCCUAUCCAAACGCUUCCCUGGCCAGCUUUUCGCAAUCCAAGCCGAUGUGACACAGGAAGCCAGUAUCUCGGGGGCAGUGGAUAAGAUUGUCGAGGAAGCUGGGGCGCUGCAUGGAAUUGUUGUCAAUGCGGGACGAACGAAUCACAAAGCAGCGUUGGACUUUACGACUGAGGAAAUCCAGGCGCUGUUUUCCGUGAACUUAUUUGGCGCAUUCUACACAGCCAGGUGCGCCGCACGAGCAUUCAUCAAGCUGGGAAUCAAUGGAUCAAUCGUGUUUACUGCUUCGAUGGCCUCCUAUCGUCCUAACAAGGUCUGUUCAUUCUAUCCACCUCACCUCACAAGCUAUUAUGACGGCGCGUGCCAUCUACCCCCCUAUGGAGCAUCAAAGGCUGGGAUCCGAAACAUGACCCAUACACUCGCUAUGGAAUGGGCACCCCAUGGCAUCCGGGUAAAUAGUGUUUCACCCGGUCUGGUCAACACUGCUAUGACAUACUGGGUGCCGCAACAGCCCGAUUGGGAACAGCAGCUGAAAUACUACGGAGGAUUCCCGCGUUUGGCUGAGGUUCAAGAGCUUGGCGGCGCAUAUGUGUAUCUGCUGAGUGAUGCUGCAAGCUACACAACCUCGAUUGAUAUACCUGUUAAUGGUGUUAUUGGAAUUUGUUGA